GUGUUUUUUAAUAUAAAAGUCUAAAAAAAAAUUGUUACUGAAUAAUAAACAAUAAUAUUAAUUAUUACUAUUAUUUUAAAGUUUGAUUUGACUCAACAAUUGCAUAACAAUAUUAAGAUUAUUUACAAUUAAAAAAAACUGGAGAGAUGAGUAUUUAGAGUUGCUAAAAUUAGCUAACAAAAAUAAUAACUAUUUUAAAAAAUUUAAAAAUGUGGAAUUCAGUUAAAUCAAGUAGCCGGUGUCUUUUGCGUAUUCAUAAAUGUCGUCGAUUCGAAAGGACAUUUUUAUCCGAAUCAUAUCCAUGCACAGAUGCCUGGAAUCGUAGAUUAGAAUCACCUCUUCUCAGCAAAAUAAAUCCAAGUGACAUGUUUCUAGAAUUAGAUCAACGUUUUAAUAAGUCUGGCCUAGCAAGCGCAAUUGACGUUGAUAUAUUUGCAAAUACCCUGAAAGAUCCAGAACGAGUUGAUGAAUUAAUUGACAUUCUUCAUCGUUUACGAAAUAGUACAGAAGCAACAAAUAUUUUAGAAUCAACUCAACACGCUGUUAUUCGUUAUUUUCUUGAAAUAAAUGACAAAAAAACUCUCCUUGAAGUUUUAAAUGAUCGUUUAAAUUAUGGCAUAUUUCCUGAUCAUUUUACUUACAACGUUCUGAUGAAUCAAUUUAUCAAAGAAAAAGAUUUCGUAUCAGCCACUAAAAUUGGAAGUCUGUUAAUGCUUCAAGAAGAUGCUGAUCACAAACUAACAAAUGAACUAAGUGUUUAUUCUUGUCUUCAAUAUCUUGAGAACAUUGACAGCUGGACAUUACCACCCCCACCUCCAGUUAAUCCAAAAGAAGAAGUUGUCAAGGUUAGAGUUGGAUAUUUAAGAAACCCUUAUUUUGAUGAUCACUUUGAUAUUCGUGAGCCAAAAGAAAUUGCCGGUAAGACACUGGUAUUUUUCUCGAAAAAUUCUAACGAUACUUUGGGAAGAAGUUGUCAUCUUGGUGGACUUAUACUGUGGAAAAAAUAUGAUAAAGCUGCAGAACUUGCUAAAAGCUAUAUUGAUGCUGGAGUAAAGGAUGUUAUUUAUACAAAAAUGUUAAACAUUGUUGAUAAAGAACUGCAAGAUAUUCCUGAGGAUAAAAUUACUGAUGAAGUAAAAAGUCUUAAAACAAUUUUGGAAAAAUUAAGGCAAGUGGGUUUGAAAGAAGGCUGCUAUUUAGAAGAACAAGAAGAGAGAGUAAAAAAAGCUGUUAAAGAUCAUGAAGAAAAUGACAUCAAAAAACAGCUUCAAUGCUACGAAGAAUGGGAUAAAGAACGAAUGGAUCUACUUCACAAGCAAAUUGAAGAUUUAGACAAAAAACGAAGACUCGAAAAUGUUGAAAAAACUAAAAAAGAAAUCCAAACAGAAGAAAGACUUUUAAAUUUCUUUGACAAAGAGGAGGAAAUUGAACUGGAAAUUGAGAAAAAAUUACAAUGGGAAGAAGAAACAUAUGGUCCAAUUCUUGAAGUCAAAGAGGAUCUCGAAAAUAAUUACAUACCUCCUGAAAUAACUAAAAAAUCAAGAGUACAAUAAUAUGUUUUUUAUAUACAGAUUAAAUUAUCAAAAUCAACCAACAAUUAAAAUGAUUA